AUGUCUGAUAGACCAAAAGCUGUAGAAGACAUUAUAAAUGAAAGUACAAAUAUCCGAAGUAUAUCUAAGCCUACUUAUUUAUCGAAAAGAAAAAGGCAGAAGUUAGCUCUUUUGAAAGAAGAUGAUGCUAGGAAAAAAGUAUCAAGAAUAGAGCAAAUUAACUCUAAAGUUAAACGGGUGCCACCUGAUGAGAAAGAACCUUCCAGAGAAGAAAAAAGAGAAAAAACUAAUGGACGAGACAAGAGAAGCGCUAAAACUUUCAAUUUUGAGUGGGAUGAAAAUGACGACACUUCUGUUGAUUACCAGCCACUAGUAACGAUUCCUAAUUUGAACUCGAAUGUAGGGCUUCUUGAAAAGCAUUGGUCAGAAAAGCCAAUUCAUGAAAUGACGCCGAGAGAUUGGAGAAUAUUUAAGGAUGAUUAUAACAUAAUCUCGAAAGGUGGUGAUAUUCCUCAUGCUUUACGAUAUUGGGAAGAAGCAGAGAUUCCUCCAGAAUUGUUGGGGGUGGUUAUCAAACUUUAUAAUGAGCCAACCCCAAUUCAGAGAGCUACAAUACCUUUGGCGUUGCUGCAGAGGGAUACGGUUGGUGUAGCAGAAACUGGGUCAGGAAAAACUUUAGCAUAUCUUAUUCCCUUGUUGGCGUAUGUACUAAAUACAGAUUCUGAUUACCUUAAGUUUGAGCAUCACCAAAAUGACCAUAACAAACCUCUUGGUCUUAUAUUAGCACCUACUCGAGAGCUUGCGUUACAAGUUACGUCAGAAGCUCGUAAAUUUUGCGAAAAGUUCAAUUUGACUGUAGUUAGUAUUAUCGGUGGACAUCAGUUCGAAGAAACUAUUCAUUCGAUAAGGGAUGGAGUCCAUAUAAUAGUUGCAACACCAGGGCGCUUGAUAGAUUCCAUCGAACGUAGCAUUAUCAGCUUGGACAAAUGCUAUUUUUUUAUAAUGGAUGAGGCAGACAAGAUGAUUGACAUGGGGUUUGAAAAAUCAUUGCAAUCUAUAAUGAACUAUUUACCUGACGAUGACCAUUUGAAAACUACCAUUGAUCUGAAAUUAUUUCAUAUAAAAAAGAGAAUUACCUUAAUGUUCACAGCAACUAUAUCACCUCCUAUCGAACGGCUAACUCAAAAAUACCUCAAGAAUCCGGGAUAUUUGUUUAUCGGAAGCGCUGGAGAAGCUGUGGAUAAAAUAGACCAGCAGUUUGAAUAUAUAGCGAAGAAAAACAAUGAGAAGAAUGAGCUCGAUUCAGAUCGAUUCACAAGAAUACUUUUUCACUUGAAAAAGCAUAAGAAAAAUGAUAAAGAUUAUUCUAUCAUUAUAUUUGCGAACUAUAAAGCUACUUGCGAGCAAUUGGCAUACGAACUUUCCAAAGAAGGAUUUAAAAAUACGGUGAUUCACGGUUCCAAAUCACAGGAGGCCCGAGAAAAAGCUUUAACGGAAUUUCGUACUCAUCAAGCAAGAAUUUUGAUAGCUACGGACGUUGCUGCUAGAGGAAUUGAUGUUCCAAAUGUAUCUUUGGUAAUUAACUUCCAAAUGCCAAAAAAAUUUGAUGAAUAUAUCCACAGAAUUGGAAGAACUGGAAGAGCAGGCAGAGAGGGAACGAGUCUCACCUUGAUAGAUGAGUCUGAUUCCGAUAUUUUUCUAGACUUGAAAAGAUUUUUAUCAAGGAGUGGUAAGAAGUGCCCCAAAUGGCUCUUACAACUUUCACAAGAAAGACACGUAAGGGAUUAA